AUGUCAGUACUCACGUUGGCCUCAGAUUCAUAUAAGAUUAAUUUGAAUAACAUCACUGAAGUCACUGUGUUCACAUUGCUGGGCUUCACAUAUGAUUUUGAGCUCCAAGUCUAUCUCUUCUUAUUAUUCCUUGCAAUCUACGUUUUUACUUUGGUAGGAAAUUUAGGAUUAGUUUUAUUAGUCAUGGUAGAUUCUCGACUUCAUAACCCCAUGUACUAUUUUUUGAGUGUAUUAUCUUUCUUAGAUGCUUGCUAUUCUUCAGUUGUCACCCCCAAAAUGCUGGUCAACUUCCUGACGGAGAAUAAAGCCAUUUCAUGGCUUGGAUGUGCGACCCAGAUGUUGCUCUUUGUUACCUUUGGGACAACAGAAUGCUUUCUCUUGGCAGCAAUGGCUUAUGAUCGCUAUGUAGCCAUCUACAACCCACUUAUGUAUUCAGUUAACAUGUCGCCAAGAGUAUAUGUGACACUCAUCAUUGCUUCAUACGUUGGUGGUAUUUUGCAUGCUACUUUACACACAGUGGCAACUUUUAGCCUCUCCUUCUGCGCCUCCAAUAAGAUUAAACAUGUCUUUUGCGAUAUUCCCCCACUUCUUGCUAUAUCCUGUUCUGAUACUCACAUAAAUCAACUUCUACUAUUCUAUGUUGUAGGUUCUAUUGAGAUAUUCACUAUUCUGAUUGUCUUGAUCUCUUACGGUUUCAUUUUAUUGGCCAUUCUGAAGAUACGCUCUGCUGAAGGGAGGCUAAAAGUGUUUUCCACCUGUGGUUCUCACCUAACUGGAGUGUCAAUUUACCAUGGAACAAUCCUCUUCAUGUAUGUGAGGCCAAAUUCUAGCUAUGCUUUGGAUCAUGACAUGAUAGUUUCUAUAUUUUAUACAAUUGUGAUUCCCAUGCUGAAUCCCAUCAUUUACAGUUUGAGGAAUAAAGAUGUGAAGGAGGCAAUGAAAAAAUUGCUUGAAAGGAGUUGGUUCAAAAUGAAAGUAUAUUUUUAG